AUGACAACUAUUGGAAAUACUACUGAUGCACUUGAAAUUAAUGCAGCAGCCGCAGCCGUAAGUAAAGAAAAUGGAAGAGGUAGGCUUAGGGUCCAAAAGGCUUGUGAGAUUUGCAAAAGGAGAAAAGUUAAAUGUGAUGGAAAUAGGCCUUGCCUGAACUGCUCUAAACAUAAAAAGGAGUGCCGUUACGAUUUCAAAGCUACAAACCGUCGAAAAAAAAGGCGACAGGCUACAUCGCUCAUACAAAACGUUGAUAAAGAAUAUAUUGAAACUGAUGUGGCUCUUUCCAAAGACUUGUUAAGUAAAUCAAACGCCAACGUCAAUGCUCCUUCAGACUUUCUCUCCUCGUCUGCUAGCAACUCUCCAUAUUCCAAUGGGCAUUAUUCUAAUUUACCAUGCACUUUACCCUUUAUGGGUGCUAGAUCAAAUAAUGCAUUCAAUUCUGGAGGCAAUAUACAUGCGGAAAAUAAUACGAGUGUUUUUGCUGAGGAUCAUAUGGCUAAAUUACUACUACAACUAGGCUCGAAACUGAGAAAUACUACUAAAGAAUCAUCUCAUAAAGCCAAUGAGGCCAAUGGUGAUGAUGAUGAUGUGAAUACAAAUCUGACUACUAUAAACAUAGUGAAUAACCGAGCAGGGAGUAAACCUAACUGCAGAUCCGGUUUGUGUGGUUCUUCAGAGGCUCUUGAUAGCAACAACAUUAAUUCUGAAAAGAAUAAGAUUAUCAGCUCUCAAAUAACCAACAUGGUUAAUGGUCAUUUCGAAUCACCAUGGCAGACAUUUUCUUUGGAUAAAUACAGAUUCCACAGACGUUACCAGAACAUUUUACCCUAUUAUCUUGGUGCAUCAAUUUUGAUGGAUUUAUCACCGGAGACAAUAGAGUAUGCGAAGUUGAAGCGACCAAGAGUUCAAAACUAUGGCUGGAACUUAUCCGGCGGCCAUUAUUUGAAAUAUAAGGAAGAGUUCAAAAGCCAUAACAAACAGAUAAGCAACGAAUCUAAGUUUUUCAAUUUUGAUGACCCUGUUCACUUAUUUCUCGUUAAUAAAUUACUAAGAUAUUAUUUUGAUGAAAUAAAUCCUGUUUUCAGUAUAAUUCACGAGGCAACAUUUUGGCAACAGUACAACAAUAAAUUUCUACGGCAAGGUAAACAAAAUAACUCAUCUGCGAAGUUAUUCACCUCGAUGCUUUAUCUAAUUUUGUCUACUACACUUAGGUUCAGAGAAGGGCACCUAGAUGGUCAGAAAGGAGAAGGAAUUAAUAGUGAAUCAUCUUUGAAUAUCACUCUCGAAGAAGAGUCCGUUUUGGUGAAAAGACCAUCUAUAGAGGAGAAAAUGUUUAAAUAUGCUUAUUCGAUUAUCAACACUCUGACCUUUGAGUGGGAAUCCUUUGAAUUAAUACAAUCAUGGCUUUUGAUAGCCUUUUACUUCAGAACCUGUUAUAGACAAACAGCGUGCUGGAACGCGUUAAGUCAAGCGGUGAACAUGUGCAACGGGAUGAGUCUAUAUUUAAACAAAUUCCCUGAGAUUCAUUCCAGUUACGAUGAAUCAAAAGCGUGGCAUUGCUUUUGGUGUUGCUUUAUAAUGGAUAAAUUGAUAAGUUUUCAAAUGGGUCGUUUCUACCAGUUAUCAUUACCCGUUAAUGAUAUGUAUGAACAGAUGAAUCUAGUGAAAUCAAAAAAAUUCUUACAAGAAGAGGAUGAUUGGUUUCACGAGGAAACUUUUCAGAUGCUAGAUUUAUCUAUAAUAGUGACACGAUUUCUAAAAAGAGAUGCCCAGGACUUAAAUUUAAAUGAAACUGUGCAAUUAAGAAGUCAACUUGGUCAAUGGUAUGUCACUUUUAUAACUGGAAAUGGAAUUAAUGCAUAUGGCGACAAUCGUCGUAGCUUCUACCAAGUUCAACCGCUCAUGACAUACCUAGAUAUAAGAUUGACUUUCGAAAUUAGACAGUUGUUUUGUUUUGUUGCUCCUUCAUCUACUGCAAAUGAUAAAUCCUUAGAAUAUGUUGUAGACACUCAGUUGUUGCUUUCGCACUGCCAAAUGGCAACUGAAAAUUUGGCUGAAAUUACAAAAAGUAAUCUUUUUUUUGUUCCCUGGUGGUUAAACCUUUCUCAGCUAUUCACAGUAAAUCUGAUAUGUAUUAUCUACCUUCACGCAGGAAUCGCCAUAACCCAGAAUAAGGCAAUCAUGCAAAGCUGCAGACAAAUAUGGCAAACUUUAGAGAGUUCUAAGCCCAAGAAUCCCCCUUCAAUGCUACCUGAGUGCUUAUGGUGUUUGAAAAUGCUAAAUCAUAUGUUUUGUAUACGAUUGAGAGAUUCGGCCCUGGAAUUGGAAACCACUCUCGGUACUGACCACGGUGAUGAUACUCCAAACAGAAAUAAAUUCGAGCAGUUCAAGAAAGUAGGUGACCGCGAUGCGGACAUUGAAGUCGAUACUGAGGAAAGAGAAGAAGAAAACAUGGACGAGAAACAAGAACAUCCGCCAAAAAAUGACAGAAAUGUACCAUUAGCCACAAGAUCUUAUAACACCACUAAUUUCACUGGCCCAAUGGCAAUUUCUCCGGCAGGUGGGGUACCAAAUUUAGGUAAAGAUAAUGGCUUGCCAUCAGAUGUGUUUGAUGCGGUCAGUAAUAUAAGGGACUCUCCGGACGUGUUUGAUGAUGAUUUAUUUUCCAAUUUACUAUGGUUUGAUCAAAAAUUUGCAUAA